CCGAUGAUGGCGCCCUACCGGAGAAAACGCACCGUCAACUCCACGGAGCUGCUGAUCCGGAGGAGUAGAGGUGUCCCACAUGCUGGGACUCUGAUCAGGCAGAACAUGAAGCUCCUUAGAGGUCUCAUUCUCCAGGACAACAGGAACUUCAGCAGAGUAUGGAGCAAGACCUCAAAAUCCCCAAUAAUGUAUGAGAAUGGGAGAAUUUACUUUGAAAAUUACCAGCACUGCUACAGCUGUAAUCUCGCAGAGCCCCAAAGUUUGUACAAGUUGCCCAAGAGGUCUAAAUGGGAGAAGAUUGAAAAUGCCUUGCUGUGUCAAAGCCCGCUGGAGAACACGUUGGCAUCUCCUUCUGAUCAUAAACCCAGCCUUUUGGCUUUGACGGCCGAUAACUGGCUGUAUCGCUUCUCAGCUGAAACAGGGAAGGAGCUGCAGAGAGUCUACCUAUCUUUACGCCAUAAGUUCAGGUAUCUUGAAUGGGAUGUUGCUCAAGAGUUGCUUUAUGUUAAAUCUGUUCAGAACAAAGAAACACAACUAGAACGGCAGGCAGGUAUCGCGCAGAACACAUUCAUGCAUUUGGCCGUCUUUCGGGUUUUUCCCCUGCAAAUUGUGGGUAUUUUUGAAAUCAACAGAAAGGUGUUUGGAAAAGGCGUGACUGAUGUUGUUCUGUCCCAAGGUGUCCUGGCAGUGUCCUACAGAAACAAGUGUGUCAGGUUGUACAGCCUUGAACACAUUGUGAACAGGUACAUGACAGAAAACAUAACCCUUGGAAGCCCAAGUUCACUUCUGGAAGGUGAAACAGUAGGAGAAGCUCCGUUUGGUAUCCCAGUUAACAUCCAGAUCAAAGAUUGCCCUCCAGUGCUUUUUGAGUUGUCGUGUCUUGAUAGUGGUCUACAGAUUGGAGGAAACCCAUGGCACUACAUCUACACACCACCACAUAAGCGUCACAAUGGGACUUACUACAUCUGUUCACUUAACGGCAACACAAUGGCAGUAAAUGGAAUACAAAGCAUGAAUUGCUCCGCGCUGGAGGGUGAUGAGAUCUUCUUUCACCCUGAUGACUCAGGAAGAAUCAUACACAUUGGACCUACCACUAUAAAUGUCCUUAAAAUCCUUGGUGAACUAAACACUGAUUUACCAUCAAAGGUAGUAACAGAUUUCUCUAUGAUGACGCAGCGAAACAGUAAUGCAUGUGGAUGCUACACUGUCACCUCCUCAGGCCGUACAGUGAAGACAAGAUUUAAUCAGCUGGAUGAUGACCCAGAUCUAGAGACUUUCCGUAUGGUGGAAUAUGAGGAUGAACUGGACUUGCUGGCUGUGGUGCUAACUGAUGGUGAGGAGGAACAAGGGAGAGCUCACAUCCGACUUCACGACAACCAGAGCGGGCAGCUUCAGAGGACGUUUGACCUGGUUGAACCUUGGAAUGAGACUUUUCAGCAUAAGCUGUUCUUUGACAAAGACACGAUUAUUCAUAUUGAACAAAAGAAAAGCAGCUUUUGCUGCCAUGUUUAUAAACUCAAGGCCACGAAAAGAGAAGAGGCACAGAGAUGAAUUAUGCUGCUGUAAAACUUUAAUGACUACUUGGCAGACUAUCAUUGUUGUGCUUUUUAGUAAUACUGUUCACAUGUUGUUCAUUGUCUCUUUUUUGUGUUGUUAUUUAAGCCAGGUAUUAAAUCAUUUGAUGCAUGGUUCACUGUUCUAUUUCAUAUCAGUAAAUAUUUUAUAUUGUUUCUCUACAGUAAAAUAAAAUUGCUAUGUUUCUCUG